AUGCCGAGGAAAAUUAGUAUACCGUUUGAUGACAUAGUCAAAGCCAUCAACGAAUACAAAAAUAAAAUUUUCGAGGGACAUGAAAUGUUAGUUGGUCCAACGCAUCCAAUUUGGGCAGAUAUAAGAGAAGGGUUAAAUGGAGAAAUAUCCAAAAAAUGCAUAUACACUAUAUUGAAGUGUAAUAGAAACGACGUGUUGAGAAUAAUUCAAAUUAAACCACACGAUGAUGUCAUUAUGUCGAAUGAUACAAGUAUCGAAUUAAUUGAUAAUGAUUCAAGUGAUUUUGAAAUUGAAAGUCACUCUGACAAUGAUAUUGAAAAAAUUAACUUUAAAAUAACUUUGAGUAAAGAAGAAUGGGCAGCAAUACAUUGUGAAAAGAAAUAUCAGUUAAAUAAUUCAACAUACCUAAACCGUAAUUAA